CCCCCCCCCUUCUCCUCUCCUCUUCCCCCUUCUCCGAAAAAAGAGGCUGGGCCAAUUGAUAGUGGGGACAAGAAUCGUGUACCCAGCCUCCCCUAUGUACAUACAAUACGAACGUUCUAGCUGUCAUAAAUCUGUCAAUUUUCAAUUGAAUCGACACCGCUUCUAACAUUUUCCAAUUCCGAUUUCAGAUUUCUUUGUUCGUUUCGGUUUUUUUUUCUCUCGCACUUGCGAUAGCCACCACCAAACUAUUCCGUACAAGCCUCGUAUUUGCGCUACCAAGUGCGUACAUAACAUUACAUACCGUACAUACACAUACACAUACAUACCGCCACGAUUCAUGGAAUGAAAGGAAAUGAGUAGUAGUACAUCCCGUCACCGUACCACUAUGAAUUCACCCUCCUCUAGGCCUCGUCCACGCCAGGCCCAACAACCACGUGACUACGAAGACGCAGCAGCAGCGGCGGCGUACCACAACAGCGGGAAAGCCCCGCGCUUCGAUAGUCACGACGACUUUUACGAUUUCCUCGACAGCAAUCGAGGAGGUCCUAUGUCCGGCCUAGGUGCCAAUCCAGCCCCUAGCGCAAAUCACGGUGCUGCGAUGCAAGGCCAACCCUCACAAAUACCCACACAACAGCAGCAACAACAGCAGCAACAGCAACGCUUUAGUCAGGGCAGCCAACCUAGUAACAGCCCAUCGCAGCAGAGUAGACCGCCGUUGACAAAUUCAUUUCCCCCACAAGGAGGAAACACACCGAAUCAAUCGCGGCCUCCGUCAUAUUCAGGCAGUAGCCGUUCCGAGGAGAUGCUCGUAGCAGACCGUACCAGCGGCGACAGUAGAAUCCAGCGCCAGAAUGGCCGCCGCACCGGACCGGGCAAGCCUGUGGCAGGACCACGACCGCCAAGCAGCUCUGGCGGAUCGUCUCCACCACGGAAUUCAGCAGGAUACCCGUCCAACCAUCCGCAGAUCCAGCAAGCCCAGGCCCAGGCCAAAGCAGCAGCAGCAGCAGCCUCAGCAUCCGACCCCAGCCUAGCAGUCCCCAAUGCCAACCUCGGCGCAUCCAUCCAGCGGCUCAAGAGCCCUAGCGUCAUGGAUUGCGUGCUGCAGCCGCUAGACCAGAAGGUGCACGAGUACGCCGAAGUGAUGCACCGCGAACAGGACGAGAUGGACCGCCUAGACGCCGAGAUCCGGGCGCUACAGGAGCGACGCGCCGACGCCGAGACGCGGUUCCUCGAGGCCAAGAGCAAGCACGACGACUACCGACGGCAGUAUCUAGACGUCGAGCGUGCUAUGCGCGGCGAGCCGCUACCCCCUCCCACACCGCGGGAGCUGCCUCAACCGCACCAGGUGCCUCUAGCGCGACAACACACGCGGCCCAUGAGUUUCCAAGACGAUGACGACGACGACGACGACGAGUUUGCGCCUCCGCCGUCGUCCCAUCGUCGCAUUAACUCCCAGCAGUCAUUUGGGCGGACCUCGCAGAAGAUGAAGGGAGGUCGUUUCCGGUUCAGUUUGUUCGGAGACAAAUGAGCCGAGAGAGUGUCUGAUUUGAAAUUUAAUGCUUGAAAGAUAUUAAAAUGGAAAGGGAUGAUUAGUGUAAUAAAGAUGGAUGGACAUAGGUAAUGAUUUAUGCUAACAUCUUCCACUUCAUCGAUGUAAUAUGAUGGGAUAAUGGUAACGAUAAUUAGAGUAUGUGGACGGGCGUCAUGGAAAAUAAAUUUAAACCUUUCAGGCCCUUGACAGCUGAGACCCCCUCUAUGCUACACCUCGAAGGGAAGUGUGAUUGGAUUCGGAACAAAAGAUUGGGGAAUAGGGAGACUAUCAAAUAAUAUAUUUUACCUAUUACUCGGGAACAUCACACAUGCUUUG